AUGCCUUCAGCCUUGGACCCUGAUGAUGACUUGUGGAUGGCCAUCAAACAAAUCUCCCAAUCAUCCGUGGGAUCAGAUUACAUCGACCAGCUGAUCCCCAUCAUGAAGGACCCACGCUACUCAAACCAGCUACAAAUCACAUUUGACCGCUAUGCCAACGAUCGGGAAAGCGAGAUUGAGCGAAUAUGCAAUGCGAAUCAUCAAGAUUUCGUCAGUUCAGUCGACUCACUACUCAGAAUACGAGACCAGACUGUGCAGAUGAGUGGCGAGAUCCUGCAGCUCAACGAGUCGAUCCAAGAAAGCAUUGAGAAGCUGGCGGAGCAGAAAAAAGCUCUCGUUGAUUCGCGAGGCGUGCGUCAAAACAUCGAUGAAGCAUCUCAAGCCCUGAACGCGUGUUUAAACGUACUGCGAAUCGCCAAUGCGGUCCAAGAUAUGCUGAGGGAAAAGAACUACUAUGCAGCAUUACGAGCGCUAGACGAGCUGCAGACGAUCCAUUUGAAGGAAAUCAACCGUUUUAAGAUCGCCAAUUUGAUCGAAAAAUCUAUACCGCAAACCCAAGAACAAAUCAGAGAAGCAGUCAAGAACGAUUUGAGUACAUGGCUCUAUCGCAUCCGCGAGUCGGCGCAAUUCUUGGGCGAGGUCUCAUUCUACUACACCGAUGUACGUAGGACGCGCAAUCAAGAGCGCGCCGAGGCCGACCAACGCUUCUCGAAGUUCAAACUGAACUCAGCAAUCGAACUUGUAGCCGAUGAGACAGACGAGUUCGACGUGCUAAACAAUGAGGAAGCUGGAAAUGAGACAGACUUCUCGCCGUUAUUUGAGGCGAUGCACAUCAAUGAGACGCUCGGUAAGAGCGAUCAAUUCAGAUUAGAGUACGCCUCGGAUCGAAGAACUCAGAAAGACCUUAUCAUACCGAACAAGCUCAACUUGCUGGAUGAGGAGUGCGGCGACUUGAGCAGCUUGUUAGAGAGCAUUGCUGGUUAUGCGAUCAUCGAGAAGGCUACUAUGUCGAAGACUCUCAACCUGCGGUCACAAGCUGAUGUCGACGAAUUAUGGGACUCAAUGUGUCAAAGCGCCAUCAAUCUCAUCACUAGCCAACUCCACACCGUCGAGAACGACGAGCUGCUCCUAAAGAUCAAGGGCCGUAUUGCGCUUUUUAUGCUGACAAUGGAGAAAUGGGGCUACUCCGUAUCUGCAAUGAACGACCUUCUCUUAACGCUCUUCUCCAAAUACUCCACCCUCCUGAAACACCGCUUCAGCGAGGACUUUCUCGAGAUUGUACACACCGACGACUACAUGCCUAUGCCGAUCAACUCGAGCGAAGAGUAUGAUAAGGUUGUUUCAGUAUCCUGGUACAACCCUCCGGCCUCCAACGAACCACUCACAUUCCCAUGUGUUCUACCAUUCUCUCAGAUGUACCCGCUAUGUUGCAUCGAUAUUCGGAAUUUCUUGAAUCAAAUCUACCUGUUCAGCGACGACUACUUCCAGAAGAGUAGUAUCAUUGAUGAGACGUUGAGGACGAGUCUGGAUGAGCUACUGUGCGAGAAAGUCUGUGGUAGUCUCAUAGAAAAGCUCGCCAGUCAAUAUCCAGGACAGAUUGUCCAAAUCUUGACUAAUCUGGAACACUUCGAGAAUGCUUGUGUGGAGCUACAAGAUCUGCUCUUCGAAGCGCGCUCUUCACCAUCAGCGACAGGCCCUAUCGUCCUUGCGGCAACGGAACGUUUCGCGAAAGCCAAGAACACCGCCUCAAACCGCGUCUUCGAGCUCGUGAAUAGCAAGAUUGACGACUUGAUCGAAACAGCAGAGUACGAUUGGAUGGCUACCAAACCGCAGACUGAACCUUCGACAUACAUGUUGGAGCUGACUAGGUAUCUCUCCAACAUAAUGUCUUCGGUGCUUCUAGCCCUGCCGACAGAGAUUAAGGAAUUCAUCUACUUUGAUGCAUUGUCACAUGCUUCCACCGCCAUCCUCGACCUCCCCCUCGCCGAUAACAUCAAACGCAUCUCCCCUGCUGCUGUUGCCACCCUAGCUGCUGAUACCACCUUCCUGAGCGAAUUCGUCAGCUCGCUCAACAACCCUAUCUUGAUGGAGAAUUUGGACGAGUUGACACAGACUGUAGCAUUGAUGGGCACGGAUAACGAAUUGGAGUUCUACGACAUCGCACAAAGGAACAAGAAGUACAGUAAGGUUGACCAAAUCAAGGGCGCCGUCCUACUUGAGAAGGUACAGGAGGGGGCACAGAUCGCAGCACAGAGCCCAACGGUAACCACCGGUAGGGAGCGCUUCGGUACUAUAGGUUCUAGGUUCGGUAUUCGGUAG